AUGCCUUCCGAGAGCCAAGGAGAGAUUCCCGAGGGAGUGGUGGUGAUUGACCAAAAUUUUGUCUGCGUCGAUGCCAUCAGCUGUGCUGUUGGCUCACGUCAUGACCUUUACGUGCACUUGUUCAGCUUAAGCGACCAUAGUCUCGCUGAGCAACUUUCAUACUUGGACAAUCCGCGACCGUUCAAGAAUCCUAACUAUGCCAAGAAAACUGCACGCCGAUCGAAGAACUUGAAGGCUGUGCUGACUCAAGAACGCGAACGGGAGCGCGCAGAGCGAGAGAAACGACGUGAGAGAUUGGAGAGUAAUAUGGACGUGGACGGAAAACUUUGGAGGAUGAAGAGGAGUUUCCGACAUGUAGGCAAUACGUCCAUCGAAGCGCCGCCGUCUUUGUUACCUCAACAACAUUAUUGCGAUAUAACAGGACUAGAGGUCGCCCCGUACACUGAUCCUGCAACCAAGUUGAGGUAUUAUGACAAGAGUGUAUUCGAAGUAAUCCGAGGGCUGAGUGCCAGCGCAGUGAAGGAUCAUCUUGCCGCACGCGGCGUCAACUCCAUUGUGAAAUGAAGUCGUCUAUCUACUCCAAUCUACUGGGAUAUGUUGUAUAUUUGGACAAUUGGUUCGUGGAUUACUUGAAGAAUUUCUUGCCGUAGGAAAAUAGAAUUUCCUCGCCUGGAUUAAUCUCUCGAGCUGUUGAUGCAGUCAGCUGCCAUGCCACUUCGCCUACUACCAGGAACUCACUGGCGAAAAAACCGAUGCGAUGUUCCCCGUUUACUAGAAGAACUAUGGAGGGGUUGACAUGCUCUCCGUCGUCGUGGUUGAUGAACCGAGAGUCGUUCCCCAAGCAAAGAUUCGUGGAUGUGCACCGCUCAUACUUGCCCCCGAGAUUCGACAGUAGCCUCGAAGAUGAGUUCGCCGAGAUAUUCUGCCAUGGGAAAGCUUUAGACCUCGACUAGCGAGCGCGAAAAGGCCACACCAAUGAUCAACUCGUCUUUGGACACAUGUUCUUGGACAAAGAGGCCUAGCCCGUAUGUAGCUGGUGCGACCUUGGAAUAGCGGUCAUGGGGGGGACUCACCUCUGAGAGAUGCGGAGGCAGAGUUCCGGAUCGCAUUCUCGAUAUGCCAAUCGGCAUGCGCAGGUUUUCGUCGAGCAUCGCUUGCUUUUCGAGGCGCACGUACAGCCACGCCAACGACGGAGGCCUGUGUAGAAAUCUGAAUACAUUUGGAUCAAUGUGAGGGUAUGAAAUAAACAUUUCUUGCUGCAACGACAGCUGCUCUCGCAAUGUGAGCUGUUCUCGAAGCAUGCGCAGUCCGCAGACCCAUCACAAGGACCUUCGUGUCGGCAUGGGACGUUCCUUU